CGACCAUAGUUCCCGUUCGGAAGUCGGUUCGGUCAAACGUGCCAAAAAAAACGGUCGCCGCGGAUUCCUUAGUUGGAAGGUGGAUUGAAGUGUUUGGUGUUUAGACUAGUGACAGUGAUUUUUGUGCAAUACUUUAAUCAUGAACAAGAUCGUGUUGUGCUGAAAGUGCGAAAGCGAAGUUGCUUGAUUUCGCCAACGAAUGAAUCAUCCGGCAUUGAGUGUGAUCAAGAAAAAAGUUACCAAAAUGAAGCUGGAAAAUGUUAACUUUAGGAAGAUGGCCAUCAUAUGUGCCUGCACGUUGGUCGGCGGGAUGGUGUUUAGUUUUGGGAUGUUUCCGGCGAUGCUCAAGUAUAUGAUCAAGCAGAACUUGAUGCUGAAGCCGGGCACUCAGAUGCGAGGAAUGUUCGAAAAAAUCCCGUUCCCUCUAGACUUCAAGCUGUACCUGUUUCACGUUACCAACCCGGACGUAGUGAUGAAGGGUGGCAAACCCCGUGUUCGAGAGAUUGGACCGUACUUUUUCGAGGAGUGGAAAGAAAAGUACGACACCGUGGACAAUGAGGAGGACGACACGCUCACAUUCACGCUGAAGAACACCUGGAUUUUCCGCCCGGAUUUGUCCAAGCCGCUGACGGGAGACGAAAUGAUCACCAUUCCGCAUCCGCUCAUCUUGGGAGCUUUGCUGAUGGUCCAGCGGGAUCGGGAAGCCAUGAUGCCGUUGGUUUCCAAGGGCAUGGACAUCAUCAUGAACCCGUUGACGACGGGUUUCUUGACAACUCGAGUUAUGGAUCUGCUGUUUGAUGGGAUUCUGAUCGAUUGUAGCAGUCAUGAGUUUUCGGCGAAGGCCUUAUGUUCGGGGCUGGAAUCGGAAGGCGCUGUCAUGCCCUUCAAUGAGACUCAUUUCAAGUUUUCGAUGUUUGGAUUGAAAAACGGAACCGAUGCCGGUCGAUGGGUGGUCUACAGAGGGGUCAAGAACAUCAUGGAUUUGGGUCGCGUCGUGAGCUUCAACGAUGAAACGGAAAUGGAUAUCUACGACGGGGAUGAGUGCAACCGGUACAUCGGAACGGACUCGACCAUCUUUCCGCCGUUUUUGACAACGAAGGAUAAGCUUUGGGCUUGGUCACCGGAAAUCUGUCGCUCGAUCGGAGCGGAGUAUGGGGGAAAGUCCAAAUAUGCAGGGCUGCCGAUGAGCUUCUUCAAGCUGGACUUUGGCGAUGCAAGGAACGAACCGGAACAUCAUUGUUUCUGUCGUGACCCACCGGACAUCUGUCCACCGAAGGGAACAAUCGACCUGGCUCCUUGUCUGGGAGCACCGAUCAUUGGUUCCAAGCCGCACUUCUAUGACUCUGACCCGAAAUUGUUGGCUGCCGUAGAUGGACUGACGCCUAACGAGAAGGACCACGAUGUGUACAUUCAUUUCCAGCUGGUAAGGGGUUUUCAUAACUUGAGUUCAAUCUCCCAUCACAAACUUGCUCAUUCUACUUCACAGCUUUCGGGUACUCCGGUAUCGGCUGCCAAGCGGCUGAUGUUCAGCAUGGAAAUUGAACCCAUUAGGGACCAUGCGGUAUUGGGAAAUCUGCCGACCGUUAUCUUGCCGCUGUUCUGGGCAGAGGAAGGUGCUUCGCUCAACAAAACCUGGACUAAUCAGCUCAAGUACACCUUGUUCCUUGGCCUCCGGUUCAACACUGCCGUCAAGUGGUUGACCAUCAUCAUCGGAACUAUCGGAACCAUCGUGGGUGGGUUCAUGCACUACAAACGGACGACCAAGAUGGUUAACGUCACUCCGGUACAAUCCGUCAACGGAAGCAGCGCCAAAGGCAAGGGAGCUGGCAUGACAGUGGUUGGCCAUCAACCGGAUAGCAAAGGUGGGUCCGUGACGGCACCGGUCAUACCGAGUGCUAAGGAUCUGCUGCAGAACAGUCGAAACUUGCCGACAGUUAUCGAGGGACUGGACAAACCGCAGAAAGUUACGGUCACUGAAAUGCAGGAGCGGUAUUGAAGAGGCGAUUUCAGAAGUCGUUAUGAAAAAGCUUCUACUGUAACAACGACCAUUUUUAUUAAUUGGUGCACUAUGUAUUAUAACGUUUAUAUCAAUUUCAUGGAUAUUCGUGGAAAAUUAGAAUGUAUUUUUAAAUUAAAUGUAACUCAGAAACAGUUUUGAUGAAAAUCGAUAUUAGCAAAAGUAGAAACCACAUCCCGAUAGGCAGUUGGCUGGAAAUUAGCUUACCAUUCAAAGAGAUUUAACAAUUGGAGAACACUUGCAUCCGGUAGGAUUUUCACUGGUUCUGUACAUUAUUUCUUUUGCUAGAUACAGUGACCCAAUUUCAUAUGCGUACAGGGCUCUGUUUUCAGAUCAAUUCGUAAAAAAAAAAUCUUUAGAUGAUAUAUCGAGUUUUGAAUACUUCAUCAAUAAUAAAGGUCAUAGCUAUGGUGCCCUGUAGAAAUAUGAAUUUGAGUCACUGUUCAAAUAUACAUGUUUGAUUUGCUGUAGAAACGAAAAAUCAGAAGCAACAAAAUGCCGGCUGGGUUUUCUGCCCCUGAUGGCCGUACAGAGAAAUACAUAUAUAAUCAGAUUAGUGCACAGAACUCGAGCAUACAUGAGACCACGGUGCAGUGCAAAAACCGAAAUCAAUGUUGUUGUUGUGUAACAAUCGGUGUGUAACAUGACUCGAUGUAAUACAGAUGUUAUAUUCGUUUUUUGUUUUGUUUUUGGUAAUAAAAGUUGGUAGACGGGA